AGACGACUUUCCCUUUUCUUAUGUUUUCUCACGUAUCAUCGGAUUUUGGAAACUUUAUUUUUAUAUAUACAGUAUUCAGAUCAUCUUAUACAUACAUACAGAGAAAGAGAGAUUUUAGUAGACAAGUGCUUGUACGGAGAGAGCUUCCUAGGUUCUUUUCCUUUUCCUUUUCACUUCCUUCCUUCCUUCAUAAAGAAAACCCAGUUCUUUCUCAUGCUAUCUUAAUACCCUUUAUCUCUCAUUGACAUUGUUUUGAGGUUUUAUACAAGGGUCUAAAGUGAAAUGGGGGUUUGAUAAGCAAUACAUUACCAAGUGGAAGAAAGGAGACAGAAAAGAGUGAGAAAUUGAUGAUGAGAGGGGUUCCUUAUGACUCAAGCUUCACUGAUUUGAUGUUUUCAUGGUCUCUUGAAGACAUCUUCAAUGAGAAUCUUUACAAGAACCAGGUGGAGAAGAUUCCAGAAUCAUUUCAGUCAGUCGAGCAUUAUUUUGGUUCAUUCGUUUUUCCCUUGUUAGAGGAAACACGGGCAGACUUGGCUUCAAGCAUGGAGAUCAUUCACGAAGCACCUUUUGCUGAAGUGAUCUCACUCGAUGCGUGCAAGCCGUAUGGAACUUUGAAUUAUGAUAUUAAGGUUGAUUACUGGAGAAACAGAUUUAGUGACCGUGGCAAAGAUCCUUACAAAACCUUGCCCGGAGAUGUUUUUAUAGUUUCAGAUGCAAAACCCGAAACUGUAUCUGAUUUACAACAGGGUGGAAGGACGUGGACUUUUGCAACAGUCACUAAUAUCACAGAGGAUGAGAUUGGAGGAGGUAAUAAUUCAUCUACUUUUUUUAAAGUCAAAGCAUUGAGAGACACUGAAGUCAAAGGUGGAAUGCGACAAUCACUCUUUGUGGUUUUUUUGAGAAAUAUAACUACAAACAAAAGAAUAUGGCGUGCGCUCUGCAAGUUUGGAAAUCUGAAGAUCAUCGAGGAAGUUCUUUGUGCUGAUUCUGAGGUUCAGGAGGAUUGCGAACUUUGUUGUGUCCAUAGUAGGUACCAAUUGACCGAAAGAUUUGGUACAAGUCUACUAUCUAUGCUGAAUGAAUCCCAAACAGAGGCAGUCUUGGCUGCUCUUCUUAGAAUGGAAUGUAAUCACAAGCCUACUGCAAAACUUAUAUGGGGCCCACCAGGGACGGGGAAAACUAAAACUGUCAGUGUUAUGCUUUUUGCUCUUUUGAGGAUGAAUUGCCGGACUCUUACUUGUUCUCCUACAAAUGUAGCUAUAAAUGAAGUGGCUUCGAGGGUGUUACAGUUGGUGAGGGAAUCUGCAAAGGAUGCUUUUUUUUGUUCUUUGGGAAAUAUUCUCUUGUUUGGGAAUAAGGAUCGGCUGAAAAUGGAUUCUGACAUUAAAGAUAUCUAUCUGGAUUAUCGUGUUGAAAUACUUGAGGAGUGUUUAGGACCAGUGUCUGGCUGGAGGCAUUGUUUUACUUCCAUGAUAGAUUUGCUUGAAGACUCUGUUUCUCAAUACCAUGUUUUUGUGGAAAAUCAAAAGAUCAUAGAAAAAGAACACAACAAUCAAGAGGAAGUCAAAAAGGAAGAAUUCAAAUCAUUUCUCGAGUUUGUGAGAGCUAGAUUUAAGUCUACUGAAUCAUUGCUGAGAAGAUGUAUGUUUAUAUUCGGUACUCAUUUACCAAGAAGUUACAUUUUGGAACAUAAUUUCCAGAAAAUGGUAACUCUCAUUGACUUGCUUGAUUAUUUGAAAAGUUUGUUGUUUCAAGAGAGUGUUGUUUCUGAUGAACUCGAGGAUAUUUUUUCACACCAAUAUCCAAUUGAAGAUUUUUCUGAAUCUUUUGUGAAUACACAAUCUCUGAUAUACACAAGGAGCAUGUGUCUUUCUGUUCUAAAAUCUCUUAAACGUUCUUUUGAAGACCUUGACCUGCCAAGUGUUGUGAUCGAAGGUUCAAUUAGGGACUUCUGUUUUCGAACGGCUUCCUUAAUUUUCUGCACUGCUUCUAGUUCAUAUAAGCUAUAUUCAGUGGGGAUGGAACCACUGAACUUGCUGGUUAUUGAUGAAGCUGCACAAUUGAAGGAGUCUGAAUCGACAAUACCCCUUCAACUUCCCGGUCUGAGACAUGCCAUUCUCGUUGGCGAUGAGUGCCAAUUACCAGCAACGGUUAUUAGCAAUGUUUCGAGUGAAGCUGGAUUUGGAAGAAGCUUGUUCGGAAGGUUGAGUUCAUUGGGUCAUUCGAAACACCUUCUAAACAUGCAGUACAGGAUGCAUCCAUCGAUAAGUUUCUUCCCAAAUUCAAAUUUCUAUUUCAACCAAAUCAUGGAUGCACCAUAUGUUAUGAAGAAAAGUUACGAAAGACACUAUCUUUCAGAGCCAAUGUUUGGUCCCUAUUCUUUCAUAAAUGUUGUUGGUGGUAAAGAAGAAUUUGAUGAUGUUGGGCGUAGCCGGAGAAAUUUGGUAGAGGUUGCUGUUGUUGUGAAGAUAGUGCAGAAAUUAUACAAAGCAUGGGAAGGCUACAAAAAGAAGCUUAGCAUUGGUGUGAUAUCUCCCUACGCUGCUCAAGUUGUGGCUAUCAAAGACAAAAUUGAAGAAAAAUAUGACAACCUCGAGGGAUUCACAGUGAAGGUGAAGUCAGUUGAUGGGUUUCAAGGUGGAGAGGCAGAUGUCAUAAUUAUUUCUACUGUAAGAUCAAAUAAAGGUGGAUUUGUUGGCUUCAUGUCCAGUUCCCAGAGAACUAAUGUUGCAUUGACAAGAGCUCGGCACUGUCUUUGGAUUUUGGGAAAUGAAAAGACACUAGCUAGUAGUGAAUCAGUUUGGGAAGUGAUAGUCCGUGAUGCUAGGGAUCGCCAAUGUUUCUUUGAUGCUGAUUUAGAUAAAGAUUUGGCCAAAGCAAUAAUAGAUGUCAAGAAAGAGCUUGAUCAAAUGGAUGAUUUGUUCAAUAAGGAUAGUAUACUUUUCAAAAGUGCAAGAUGGAAGGUUUUUUUCAGCGAAAACUUCAGAAAAUCAUUUGGAAAACUCACUUCAGUCCGUAUUAAAAAGUCAGUUAUGAACCUAUUACUGAAGCUUUCAAGUGGUUGGCGACCUAAAAAGAAGAAUGUGGACUCAGUCUGUGAGAGCUCUGCACAGAUCUGGAAAAAAUUUAUGGUUGAAGGGCUCUAUGUUGUUUGCACCAUUGACAUUGUAAAGGAUUCGAUUUACAAACAAGUUUUGAAGGUUUGGGAUAUAUUGCCCUUGGAAGAGAUCCCAAAAUUGGUUAAACGCCUUGAUGGCAUGUUUGCUAUGUACACCGAUGAUUAUAUCGAUCACUGUAAGCAGAAAUGCUUGGAAGGGUAUUUGGAAGUUCCAAAGAGUUGGGUGACAUCUUUUGACAUUGUCCGGUUCAAGAAUCUUAACAACCAUGUACAUGGGAAUGAGUCAAGUGGCGGUACAAUUGAUGGUAGGAGUUAUGUUGAGAAUUCAAAGGUUAAUGAGAGCCUGUUGUUGAUGAAAUUCUACUCCUUAUCGUCUGGUGUGGUGAGCCACUUACUUUCUGGCCGCGAUGGUAAAGAAUUGGACCUACCUUUUGAAGUAACAGACCAGGAAUCAGAGAUUAUCUUGUUCCCUAGAAGCACAUUUAUACUUGGACGGUCAGGAACCGGUAAAACCACAGUUUUGACAAUGAAAUUGUUUCGGAAGGAGCGACACCACCAUAUUGCUUCAAGAGGAAUUUGUGCAGAUGAGGCCAGUACUAGUACAGAUGUGAGCCAGAGGAACGAUGUUGGUGACUGCGUUGCAGAGAUUAAGGAUAGUGUCUUGCGCCAACUUUUUGUGACAGUCAGUCCGAAACUGUGUUAUGCUAUCAAACAACAUGUUUCUGGGCUGAAAAGGUUUGCUGAUGGUGGGAAUUUUUCUGGAGAAAACAGUUCAACCGAUAUGGAUGAUACAGCACAAUUUAUGGAUAUCCCAGAUUCUUUUCUUGACAUUGCUUCUAACAAAUACCCUCUUGUCAUCACAUUUCAUAAGUUCUUAAUGAUGCUUGAUGGAACAUUGGGCAAUUCAUACUUCGAAAGGUUCCUUGGUGGAAGCAGACUUUCUCAUUGUAGAACUAGUGGUUCAAGAUCAGUUGCUUUGGAAACUUUCUUAAGAACAAAGGAGGUUAACUAUGAGAGGUUCUGUUCAUUGUACUGGCCGCAUUUCAAUUCUGCGCUAACAAAGAAGCUCGAUCCUUCCAAAGUGUUUACUGAGAUAAUGUCUCAUAUAAAAGGUGGAUUGGGAGUGGGUGAGGCUUGUGAAGGUAGACUUAGUCAAGAGGAUUAUGUCCACCUGUCUGAGGGUCGGGUAUCUACUUUGAGUAAGCAGAAGAGAGAGAAAAUUUAUGAUAUCUUUCUGGAUUAUGAGAAAACAAAGAUGGAAAAGGGUGAAUAUGAUUUAGCUGAUUUAGUGAAUGAUCUUCAUCAUCGACUAAGAAAUGUAAUACUUGAGGGCGACAAAAUGGAUUUUGUGUAUAUUGAUGAAGUGCAAGAUCUUACAAUGAGACAAAUUUCUCUUUUCAAAUAUAUUUGCCGAAAUGUGAACGAGGGCUUUGUUUUUGCGGGUGACACAGCACAGACUAUUGCAAGGGGAAUUGAUUUUAGGUUCGAAGAUAUACGAUCUCUAUUCUACAAUGAGUUCAUGAUGGAAUCAAGAGGCGAUGCAUUUGUUGGAACAAAAGAGAAAGGACAUCUAUCAAAGAUUUUCGGCCUUCGCCAGAACUUUCGUACCCAUGAUGGUGUGCUUAGAUUAGCACAAAGUGUCAUUAACCUUCUUUACCGUUACUUUCGUCAUUCUAUUGAUGUUUUGGAACCCGAGACAAGUCUUAUAUACGGUGAAGCUCCGGUUCUUCUUGAGUCUGGAAAUGAUGAAAAUGCAAUUGUAACUAUUUUUGGAAAGAGUGGAAAUGUCAGUGGGGACAUAGUUGGCUUUGGCGCCGAGCAGGUCAUAUUAGUACGAGAUGAUUGUGCCAGGAAGGAAAUAUCUGACUAUGUUGGAAAGCAGGCACUUGUUUUGACUAUUGUGGAAUGUAAGGGCCUAGAGUUUCAGGAUGUGUUAUUGUACAACUUUUUGGGCUCGUCGCCUUUGAAAAGUCAAUGGAGAGUAAUAUAUGAAUUUAUGGAAGAACAAGAAAUGCUUGAUGGUACUUGCAGGUCCUAUCCGAAAUUUGAUGAGGUAAGACAUAAUGUCUUGUGUUCUGAAUUGAAGCAACUAUAUGUGGCAAUUACUCGUACGAGGCAAAGGUUGUGGAUUUGUGAGAAUACUGAGGAGCUCUCGAAGCCUAUGUUUGACUAUUGGAAGAAGUUGUGCCUUGUCCAAGUAAGGAAAUUGGACGAUUCACUUGCACAGGCAAUGCAAGUUGCAAGUAGCCCAGAAGAGUGGCAGAAACGGGGUAUCAAGCUCUAUCAUGAGAAUAACUAUGAGAUGGCAACGAUGUGCUUUGAAAGGGCUGGAGACACAAUGUGGGGAAAAAGGGCCAAGGCUUCGGGCCUUAAAGCAAAUGCAGAUCGUAUGCGUGGUUCGAAUCCUGAUGGGGCUUGCACGGUUCUUAGGGAAGCUGCUGAGUUAUUUGAUUCUAUUGGUAUGGCUAAGUCAGCUGCCGAAUGUUUUUGUGACUUGGGGGAGUAUGAAAGAGCAGGAAGAAUUUAUUUGGAAAAGUGUGGGGAAACUGAGCUGAACAAAGCUGGGGAAUGUUUCUCUCUGGCAGGUAGUUAUAAACUUGCAGCUGAAGUGUACGCCCGUGGAAAAUAUUUUUCAGAGUGCUUGUCUGUUUGCACCAAAGGAAAGUUUUUCGACAUGGGUUUACAAUACAUUCAAUGCUGGAAACAAGAUGCCCGUAGAGACAAUGGUAUGAUGGUCAAAAGAAAUGAAGAAAUCAACAAAAUUGAACGACAGUUCCUUGAGAGUUGCGCACUUAAUUACCAUGAACUGAAGGAUAAUAGAUCCAUGAUGAAAUUUGUGAGAGCUUUUCACUCAAUGGAUUCAGUUCGCAACUUCUUGAAGUCUUUGGAUUGCCUCGAUGAGCUUUUAGUGAUGGAAGAAGAAUCGGGAAAUUUUUUGGAGGCUGCGGAGGUUGCAGAGCUAAAAGGAGAUGUUCUAUGCGAGGCUGAUCUGAUUGGGAAGGCUGGACAUUUUAAAGAGGCGUCGAAGCUUAUUUUAUGGUAUGUAUUCUCCAAUUCUCUGUGGGCAUCCGGAAGCAGAGGUUGGCCACUAAAGUGCUUUUCACAAAAGGAGGAGAUUUUAGCUAAAGCCAAGUCGUUUGCAAAGAAAGAUUCAGACAUCUUCUAUGAGUUUGUUUGCACUGAGGCUAACAUUUUGUCAACUGAACAAUCUAACUUGUUCCAGUUGAGCCAGUAUUUGAAUGCUUCCCGUGGUAAUAAAAGCCUCAGAGGUGAAAUCUUAUCCAUAAGAAAAAUUCUGGAUAUUCAUCUGCAGCCAAGUACCUCGAAGUAUGAUUGGGAAUAUGAAUUAGUAGUGGAUUUGAUGAAGCAUUCACAAGAAAGCAUUUCACAUAACCAGGUGUCUGUUGUAACGCUGAUUUGCUUUUGGAAUCUUUGGAAAGAGAAGAUUGAGUUUAUCUUCAACUACCUAGCUUGUCUUGAAACUCAUGAUGUUGAUGAAUAUUAUAGCUAUGGAGACUUCUGUUUGAAUUACUUUGGUGUGCGGAAGAGACAGUUGAAUAAUGUUAAUACCAGUUUCCUUUUUCUGAAUGCUGAUGCUGAUUGGGUGAGAGAAAUUGAUGACAGAUUUCUUCGGAGAAAUGGAAAGUUGGUUUCUGCUGAUGUACGCCAUUUUGUUUCAGCCGCUCAGACUCAUUGGCACUCAGAAUUUCUUUCUGUUGGUAUGAAGGUGUUGGAAACUCUCAAGGCACUUCAUAAGUUUGCAAUUUCAAAUUCAAUGUCUGUUUUUUGCCGAAGCAUGCCUCUUGUUUAUAUCUUUGAGUUAACAAACUCUUUUUUGGGGUCCAAGUAUGUUUCAUACCGUGAAACUCAAACUUUGCAAAGUUUUCUCAACCUAUCUACUGCAUACUUAGAGAAUGUGUUUCCUUUAGAUUGGCGGGAAUCAUUAACAGAGAGUAUGAUUUCUCUAAGAGGGAGUGAGCUUUCCCGGAACGUUCUUGAGGAGGUUAUUCUUGUAAACAUCAACAUCAAGGGUGACCUAACCUAUGGCCAAAUUGGGAGGAUUUUAAUGAUAUGGCUUGGUUCAGGAAAGCCAACUGAUGAACUAUACAACAAGAUUGCAAAAAGGUUUGAUGAGAAUUCACCUUGGGCAGGAUUCAUUAAGGAGCUAAGUGGAAACAUAAAAUCAGAAAUUGCGCAGGAAUCUACAUCGGGCAAUUCCUGUGAGGCUCCAAGAGCGGUGUCUUUUGUAGACAAGUUCUACGAAGCUUUGGUAGAUACUUAUAAUGCCAACUGGAGACAAGCUGACUAUAUAUCGCCUAGUUGUUUCCUGUAUCUUAUAGAGCGACUUUUGAUAGUUGCAUCUGGCUUUCGGGGAUUCCUUUUCACCACCAAGUCUUCAUUUGUUGAAUGGUUUAUUUGUGAGCAAUCAAAUGCCGUCAGAACUGCUAAUUUAGUAACUGACAGUCGACUUUCUGUGAGCCGCAUUUUUGAUUUUGUGGCUUCCAUAAUCAAGGAUUUCUUGUACAACAGUCAAGUUACAGCAGAAUGGAUUAAAAAAUCUCAUAUCAAUUACAAUCGGUACUAUCCGCUGCUGUUGUUGAAACUGAUGGUUACAUUGUGCUUGCUUUGUGUGAACUUUGGAACUGGAAAGUAUCUUGAUCUACUUUUUAAUUUGACGGGGAGGAGUGAUAUUACUAAGCGUCUACCACCAGAAUUCUAUGAUGUUCUUAGGAGGAUGAGGAGACAUAAUCAUGUAAAAAUAGAUGUAAAUGUACUUGCAGAAGCGUGCAAGAAGAUUGGGAAUCCUCUUGUUAUAGUGUGCUUGGGAGAAAAUUGUUUGAAAUUUUCAUGUCCUGAUGCCAUUUUUGUUGACAUGAGAGUUUCCCCGAGAAGAGAGGACAUCAUGAGAUUGUUGUUUCCUAUUAACAACAAAGCUCCUCGAGGUCCAACUGUAGUGGUUAAAGUGGAUAGAGCUAAUCACAAUCAAGGGAAGACUUCUAAGGCUCCACCUUCAAACUUAGCUGCCAUGGCAGAUCAGAAGACGAACAGUCAGAAUAUAAAUGAAGGCGACAUGCAAAUGAAUUGUGAUCUCUUUGUGCAAAUAUCUGAUGCUUUAAUGUCAGUGGAGAACGUAGGAGAUGGAAGUGUUACAAAAUUUGUGUCUUAUGCCUCGAAGUUAAAGGUCAAGGUAGAGAAUGGUAUAAGCUUUGUAUCUGCUGCUAAGAAGACUUGGGAUGAUGAAGAUGGAAACCUUCUUGUUGAAGCAAACUGCAUGCUUGAUGAAUUGAAGCAGCUAUCUUCUGCACUGGAUAUGAGCGAAAGGGAACUAGAGGAAAACAUUUCAACAAUUGCGCAACUUUUGAGAAGGCUGCAUUUGAGAAGGCCGAGGCUGGAAACAUUCUUGAACCAGCUGUUUGUUCUUAACAAUACAAAUGCUGAUGAAAAGGAAGCCGAUCAUAGCAAGGUGGAGGAAAUUAGCGACAACGUCAAGGAGGCUAGCAACAAUGCUGAGGGAGAAGCUGGCAAUUCUGAUAAAGGGAAAGCGUUGCAGGUUACUGAUGAUGCUUCAGGAACUAAAAACAAUGGCACCAGUGGCGAUAGUGAAAGCAACAAGGGGAAGGGAAAUGGCAAGUCGAAGAAGGGAAAAAAAGGAAAUAACAAGUCAAAGAAGGGUAAAAAGGGGAAAUAGCAGCUCUGAAUUUCCAAUGGCUUGUCCUUUUUUUUCGUUUUUUAUUGUGUAAAUUGCUUUGCUUUUGUAAUCUUCUUGUCUCUUAUUUUCACUGCCCAAAUCAACUGAGAAUUUUGUUCAAUCAGGGGCUCUUAACAUCAGUGUCUAUAAAUCAGAAUUCUACAUAGAAUUUUGAUGGUGGUGACAUUUUCUCAAUUGGCCAAAUCAUUUGGUAACAAAUAUUUGAUGCCAAAUCAUGCGCUUCAUUCAUUUGAUAAAUUUUUUCAUAGCUACUAAAGUAUAAGAAGAGAUUGCUACAUUUGUGUAGUUACAUUUUUUUCUUUUUUAAUUUUGUACAAUGCAUGAUGUGA